ACACAUAUGUGAUGGAGAUUUUGGUGAGAACACACACAGUAGAACCAUAGUGUUGGUAUGGAUGUAUGGUAGUUCUGUACAAAAGAAUGAAGUACUAAUGCAAUAGUUGUCGAAAAAAUAGCUUUAAGUCUUUCAAAAUGCUAAACCUUUUACUAAUAGCACACACAGGUGCUUACAAUAGUAAAGCACUGAAAUAUUGUAAUUUUCUAGGUUUUGAUUGUCAAUUUGUCACUGCAAUGUGACAGAUAAGAAUUAUAAUUAGCAAGUUGGCAAAGCUGAUAUAUGCCAGUGUUCUGUUCACCAAUGUGUUGUCCAAAGGAAUGCCGGAAUGCCCGAGACGGCCCGAGAUUUGAAUUGGUUCUGUGUGGUACUCUACUGGCUGUUAUUCAUGUGUUGACUUUUAACUUUGGGGAAUGGACGUUACUUAAUUUUUUAUUGGCUGUUGAAUACAAUAAAUGAACGUCAAGAUCUAUGAGUGUUUUGCGAGUGAAUAGUUUUGCCGGAAUGUUUAUUAUAUAGUCGGGCAUAGUGAACAUAACCUCUAAUCAAAACUUCAAAAUGACAGAAGAAUCGCCCCCAAAAUCACGUUACUGGGGUGAAAUACCUUCCGCAGAAGAAGUACCGGAAGAUUUUGCAGAUGUAAUGAUACAAAACACAAUGAAGCCAAUUGCUGUAAAAUUGCAUGAACCUACUGGUGAAGAGGAACCAGCUUCUGAGGAGCUUCCUCCAGAAUGCAGUGAAAUGGAUGAAACUGUUAUACAUACUAUUAAACUGUUGCAAUAUGCUAAGUCAAUGCAAUCUGUCAUUGAUAAAUUGAAAGCUAAGAGGGGAAAUAUUGAUACUUCAGCUCUGAAUUCCCCUCCUUUUCCUGAUGAAUUGAAAAAAAAAUUUCCUCAGAGACCAGCUCCUUUCUGUUUCAAGGAAAGAAUAUCUACGCCUUUUAUGGAAGGCAUUGGCCCACCUCCUCAUCGGUUGACUGAAACAAAUGCUCGAAGUAUAUUGCGAAAGUGUGUAGCCACUAUUUUUGCUCAUAUUGGCUAUGAUGAUUCCCAACAGGUAGCUCUGGAUGUAAUGACUGAUGUUAGUGAAGAGUAUUUUAUUAAAUUCACUCGUUUAUUACGAGUGGGAGUAGAUCAUGAAAUGAUGACUGGAAAUGUUGGUUUUCCGGAUGUAAUGGAAAGAACAUUUCAUGAAAUGGGAAUUGGUAGUAUGCUUAUUGUGCAUAACUUUUACCAAGAUAGAAUCUUAAAGUAUCAUCAAAAAGUAUUAGAUCAUUGUAACUAUCUUGCUGCAGAGCAUGCUAUUCUCACAGCAACUCAGAUAAAACAAGAAACUACCGAAAUAAUUGAAUGUAAAAUAGAAAAUGAAGAUGAUUACGCAGAUGUGCCAGAAUUCCAUGUACCUGCCGCAUUAGGUGAUGGAACAUCUGCAGAACAAUUACGUCCUUCUUUAGAGCAAGGAUUUAAAGUGCUUCAAAAGUUCGAACAGGAAGAACAGCUCUUCUCCUGAAUAAUGAUCUAAAAGGUAGUUUAAGCUCAUGAAAAAACUGUAUUCAUCGUGGGUGAUAUUGUCAUUAAAGACAAGAUAAUGAUAAUAUACCUCUGAAAAAAUUGCAAAAUUUGGUAAACAAAGAAGAAAUUUUGAUUAGCGAUUCUCCAAAACACUGAUUAAACGUCACAGCACUUCAUUUUUGAUUAAGAAUCAUUUUGUUUCUUAUAAAAAAGUUGAUGGCGUUGCAUGAUAACUAGUUCUUUUGAAAAGUAGAGAGUUUAAGCAUUUUAUUUGUGUUUUUACUUGUUUCUUCAUUAAUAACAUCAGCUCAUCACAGGGUAUCAAGAAAUAUUCUUAUGAAUAAGUUGUUUGUUAAAAUUUUAUUUUACAUUUUCAUAAAAUAAGGUUUUCAAAAAAAUCUUUAAUUUUUCUUUCUUUUCUUGUGUUUUUCCUUUUUUCUUUCUUUCUUCUCUUUUUUAUUUUCUUCUUUCUUCCUGUUAGAUUACAUUAGUCUCUUGAUGUACUUUCUCAAAAGAGCUGGACCCUGUCAGCCAAUGAAAGUUCCAGAAAAUACAGUUAGCUUUUUUACCCAGGGGAUCAUCCAUAAAUAACUAAACACCCAAGAGGCAUUGGUGGCAUUACACUGUGUUACUUGGGAGAAGGUGGGGUGUUAAUUAGUGAUAUUUAUUAGUUUAAAUUUUUCGACAUUGGCUGAAAUAAUUCCUUUUAUUCAAUCUUAUACUAAAACAUCAAAUUAUUAACUAAUUAAAUUUAAAAAUAUAAAUAAAUUAAAAAGUUAUAAUGUACAAAUUGUUACAAUAAAUGGAAAUUGUUUUUCUUUCAUUAAUGUUGUAUGGACUGAAUCUGCUAGAUUACAAAGAAAAAAUUAAAAAUUGAACCAUUACAGUCUCGCACAGUACUCUCUUGCCCAUGCAUCAUCCAUGAAGUUGUGUGCAUGGCUUGUGAGAAAUUUUCUUGCCUAUGCAUCCUUUCUUCACUCAGCAAUGAUCCCUAAUCUUAUUAUUAGGUGCAGUCAGCAUCUCCAAUUAAUUUUUACCUAAAUUAUCAUAAAUUUUAAUAGCAACACAAAAUUUAUUGAAGUUGUUUUUACUGCUACAUAAUUUAUUUUCACUUAUUAUAAGUGGGUGCUGUUGAUGCAAGUGUUAUAUAAUUAUUUAGGGAAAGUUCAAAAUAUUCUUAAUUUGUGGUACAUAAUUAUUUCUGUGAGGGGUAAAAGUUCUUGAGUGAAAAAUCUUAAUUUGGAGAAAACAAGGUUUUGAGUACCUAUAUAGAUACUUAACAUGUAGUUUCAGAACUUAACCCAAUUUCGCCAAACAUUGACUUAAGAACUUUUACCCCAUUACCACAAUUUACGGAUGGCCCCAAAGAUUGUAGGAGAUUAAAAAAUAAUUUACAGAUAAUCGCAGUAUAUUAUCAAUUUAAAAUACUCUACAGUGGUAUAAUUCACAAUACUAUUUUUACCAACAUUAUUUUUAUUUCUCCACUUACCUGAACCAUCUAGAUACCUUUUUGUGUGAGAUCUGUACAAUCAAGAGACUUCUAAAUUUCUUAAUACUUUUUAAUGAAAAUUUAUAUUGGUACUUACAAGAAUUUGAAGAUAAGCCACGUAACUAUAUCUUGGAAAAGGAAUGAACAUAUUGUAAAAUUUAUCAUAAGGGAACUUGUUGAUUUGUGUUGCUGAGAUAUUUGUUAAUUGUUUAUACAAAAUUGUAGAACCUUUGCAACUCUGAAUAUGUAAAACUUUUAAUUUGAUUGGAAACAUUUAUUUAUGCUGUCAAUAAAAAUAAAUUAAUUGAUAAUUUGCUGUAAUUUUGGAUUAACAAAACUCCAACUUUUUUAAUAUCUGAAAGCGAAAACAUGAUGGUAGUUAUAGAAUUAUAACUAUAUUUGUUUUUAGUCUCUUUGCAUUUAUGUUGCAAGUUUUGUAUCGAAACUUUUGGUAAUGAUUUAAUCCCAAAAAUUAUAGUAUAUCUAUAUAUUUAACCCUAUCUACUUCAAAAAUGAUAGUAUUAUAUGUAUUGUAGAUCUGUGCAGUUAUUGUACUGUUCAGUCCAAGCCAUGAGAAAAUAGGUUGGAGGAAGAGUCCAAUCUGCGUGUUGGUCUUCUAUAUAAAUUGGGCCCUAAUCAGGAACUCUUUUGAUCUUUUUAUAUAUGUAUUUCAAACUAGUCUGAGAACUACUAUUAACUAUAAUUAAUUUAUUACAUUUGUGAUACAAAUUCUUUUCUUGAUGUAGACUUAAAAGAUCUUGUGAAUUUAUUUUUAUCUUUCUUGAAAUCCAUAUUGAUGAUGUGAAGCCAGAUGUUCUCUGUACUUAUUUUCAAGAUUUAUUAACCUAGAAUUAUCUACAAAAAAUACAACUUUGAGUAAAAGAGGAACAUAACUGCAUUUUGGAGUAUUCAGAAAGUAAGUUUCAAGCUAUUAGGAUAUGGUUUUCCACUGACAACUACUUUUCUGAAGGAACAAUUAUGACAGUCAUUAUUUUCCUAAUUAUUAUACUUCUGAAAGAAGUUUUUCAUUGAAUGUAUUUAGGUUUGUAGUGAGCUUUUUGAAAUUAUUUCA